AUGCACACACCUGUUUGUAGGGGUAUAUAGGAGCAGUCAGUAGGCGUGUUUGGUGUAUCUUCUCGAUUCCUACGUACCAUCACCAUGGCUCCCACAUACCUGGAGACAAUCCUGCUUCUCUGCUGCGUUGUGACCAUGUUCAGUUCAACCUCAGCUGCAUACGGUCCUAGGAGACUUUACUGUUGUGUGGAGUACCAGGAAAAGCCUGUACCUUACCAGCAGAUAAAAGGCUACCAACUACAGAGUUCCACGGAGGUGUGCAACAUGCUAUCAUGUAACUUCUACACCGUGAAGAACAAAAAGGUGUGCGCCACAGUUAAGGACGAAUGGGUGAGGAAGGCUCUGGCUCUUCUCAGCUCCAAACUGAAGAAGAUGUCUAGCAGCAACACUGUGACGGGCAACCCCCACACCGCCCCGAACUGAAAGGAACAUUCAACCACAGCAACGCAACAUUCUCCUACAUCACCAGUAAUCACAACAUUCAGUAAUGUGGUGAAAUAAUGCAGAUAUUAUUUUCAAAAUAUAAUGCAUUCCAUUCGCUCUGAUGUUUGCUGUUGUUGACGAUUGUAGUACUCUGUUCAUGCUUAAGCUUACAGGGGUCCUCUGAAUCCACAAUAUAAGCUAGUAAGUCAACGGCUUCAAUUAAUUAUAUUUUUCUACAUUUAAAUGUUGAACGUUUGUUUCUUUUAAGGUCGGCAGAYAUAAAGAAUUUGAGAUAUUGCCA